AAUCCUAGUAAAUGGUGGGGUUUUCACAAGAAAAAAUAUCCCAACCUCAGCAAGCUGGCCAGGAAGUGGCUUGGAAUUGUUGCGACAAGUGCGCCGUCGGAGAGGGCGUUUUCGACUAGUGGUAGUAUUCUUACCGUCAAGAGAGGCUCACUGGCACCAGACUUUGUGCGGGACAUCGUUUUUAUUGCGGAGAAU